AUGACGUCAUCCACAUCAUCGCCAUCGUCAUCAAAAAAUCAAUUUUCUAGCCACGGAGCAAACGCGUUAUCAGCUUCCUCUGUUCCAUCAACAUUGCCAACUCCAUUGCUACUUGCCGACUCGGCAACAACUGCCGACAUGACACCGUUCAGCGAUUCCUUCUCAUCUCUCAUGUUCUCGUUAGCGAUGGGAUCAUCAUAUCCGACUGAUUUGACAAAUAGUUCGAUAUUUUCGCAGUUUCCCAUGACAAGCGCUCCGACAAGCCUACUCAAUACCGGUUCUCCAAACCUCUCUGCCAUCACUAAUCUCAUGUUUAUGAAUCCUUUCAGCUCUCCCAUGUCUUUGUUGAAAAACUUUCCAUUCCUUUUUAAUUCCAAUCCAACGUCAGCGUCAUCAACUACGUCAUCGCUGAACACUUUAACGGAACUGCAAAAGUUCAACUUCACGAACACUCCACUCAAUGACUUUUACAAAGAGGGAUCUGCCGACCAAUCAGCUUCGUGCAGUUUGUGUCGCAAGGACUUUUGCAACAGUUACUUUCUGAAAAUACACAAGAGGGACAAACACGGCAUACCAAUCGAAGAUGUCGUCGGCUCGUCGGCUUCCCUAUCUAAGAAAUCAUUCGCAAGCAGUUCAAAUAGUUCACUGAAAGAUGGCUUAUAUAAUUUGGACGUAAUAGAGCCUGGCGAGAACAUAAGCACAUUCAACAAGAUAAACAACGACACGUUAUCAACUGAUAAUAAAAAUGUUUCUUUCACAUCAGCGGCAUCGUCUGGGCAAUCGACAGCGCUACCACCAUCACUGCAAGACUGCAAAGUGACAUCUUGCGAGGAAACGUGCGUGUUUUGUAAGCAGAUGUUCAACAAUCGUUACAGUUUGAUGGUGCACCUGUUGAGUGCCCACAACAUCAAACCUGAGGGCUUCGGACUGGCUAGCGAGUUGAUGCAACUUGAAAAUUUGAGCGCCGGCCAGCAAAACCACACCAGGCAGAUGAUUACGACAAGCAAUUUGACAUCUUCGUCUGGGAAAAUAUCGGAAAGAGUGGCGUGCAACAUCUGCAACAAGGAGGUCUGCAAUAAAUACUUCUUAAGGACGCACAAGUUGAAAGUCCAUGGAAUACGAGAUGCUGGCUUUGAUGGCGCAGCUAACAACAGCAACAACAACAUUAGCAUAAAUAAUAAUAAUAACCACAAUAAUAAUGUUAAUAACAACUCCGAGCAACAAAAAUCUAGAGACGGCUCAGCGGUUAAAGAGCAAAAAACGUCAGCAGGCAACGUUGAACAGUCGGGGAAUAACUUCUCAGCAUCCACCUCAGAUGUGAAAUUUAACGCUAAUUAUACAAAUGACAACGAACAGAACAAGAACCACUCCAACUUUUUCAAAAAUUUCUCUCAAACUAACUCUGAUUUUUACGAUUCUUUCAACAAAAAUGAUAGCAGCCUCUUUAGCGAAUCUUCAAAACCUACCAAUCCAUUCGAGCUGCUGGAUUUAUCACAACUUCCUAAGAAUUCGGCUCCAUCUAGACCAACAAAAUCAACCUCAGCAACCAGCUCAAAAUCAAAUGCCGGAAAGAUUUCAGAGGAAGCACCACCUUCCAAACAAAGUUUCGACCCAGAAGCCUACUGUGAAAUAUGCAAGAAAGAAUUUUGCAGCAAAUAUUUUUUAAAAACUCACAAACAAAAAAUUCACGGCUUGCGCUCCGACACCGACAACAGAUCGCCAUCUCUACUACCGCAGAUGUCAGGAUUUGGUUUACCGAGCACGUACCUGACCGACCCGAGCACAGCGAGUCUCUUCUCUCUCGACAGUUUCCUGAGCAAGAGCAAGGACCAACAGCCGUCGAAUAUGACGCGAGUCACCUGCGAGAUCUGCGGCAAGGAGCUAUGCAACAAAUACUUCUUAAGAACGCACAUGUUGAAAAUCCACGGGAUCUCAGAAACGUCAACCUUGAAGAACAUCUGCGACCCGAACAAGCAGGAUUCAAAUGCAACUGCUUCCUCUAGGAAGAGUUCUCCAUUCUCAACUCUAGAUAUAUUGGACAGAAAUGAAUCAACGAGUAGUCCAACUGCCAAUAAUUCAGCUUCAAAAGUUGACGACCGCUAUUAUUUAAACCAGCAACAACAAUUUACUCAACAUUUUCUUCCAAACGAUGCCAAAGACGCAAGAAUUAACAAAGAAACACCAACAAAACCGUUUGAAAAUGAAGUACAUAUCGAUCCGUCGUCAUCAAAUUAUGAAGCGCCAAUGAAACAACCUCGUUUUCAAUCAGAUAUGAAUCAAUCAGCCUCGAAUAUAUCAAUCAGUCGCAUAUCAAACCAAUCAACACCUCCACCAGCGCUAAAUAAGAACGAUUCUCAAACAUUCAACAACGCAUUCAAUCAAACUACCAAUAAUGUAUCAGAUACCUUGUCCAAUAAACUGGCCGCCACUCAAAACAGGAAACGUCAACGUUGUUGUAGUAGUGGCGACAGUGGCGAACGACAGCCACAACAACAACAAAACAAAACGACAACAUCAUCAACUACUCAAACGACAAUGACAUCAUCAACAACAACAACAACAACAACUAAAAUGAUGGCAAUCAACCAGUCGAAAAAGAAAAAAUUUGACGAAGGGACUCGGCUGAAAUUUGACGAGUACGUACCCGUCAACUUUAGCAAUAAUGACAACAACGAUGUUAACAUCAACAACUUUGACAACAACAACAAAUUCGACAAUCAAAUGAACGAAAACAACACAUAUGACAACUCAAACAACAACGAUAAACACUCUAGCAAAUACCCAUCCCACAACAGCAACAGCAACUCAAACAACAACACACAGACCACCACAAACAACAACACCACCACCACAAACAACAACAACGAUGACGUCAGCAGCGAUCAAAGUGUCGUCAUGCAAACAUUCGAAAUGAAGGAGAAACCGGCUGAGAACACGUUCGCACAGUGCAAACUGUUCUUACCUGUCGUGCAAACAAUUAGCGAACCGAUCACUCUAAAGUUUACCGUUACACCGCUAGAACGCUAA